AUGAAUCCACCAGGAACAACUAUUGUGGAUAUGAUAACGGUACGUAUUUUCUCUCUCUCUCUGCUUACCUCCGACGACGUCGGUACCAUAAUUAGACGUGCAAUAGACGACGUCGGUACCAUAAUUAGACGUGCAAUAGGUUUUCUGGGAAGGUGUAUAGACGCUUACCUUGCUUUUCUGGUAUCUUGUAUAGAUGGAUUCCUUGGCUAUGUUAAUGUGACCAUCUCUUCGUAUCAGACAUUAGAAUCUGUCAUAGUUUUGCUCGCCGUGCUACACGCCAUUGCGAUAUAUCAUGUACUGUUAUUUUUAUGCGGGCUUCCAUGUUUUAUAAUCUUCCUGGUCUACAAAUGGCGAAGAAGACAUUUAUCCAUGUAUGACAACAUUGAAAAGUUUUUGCAAAGUCAUGAUAAUGAUCUCAUGCCAGUAAGGUAUUCUUACUCAGAUAUUAAAAAGAUAACCAACGAUUUUAAAAACAAGUUGGGUGAAGGAGGUUUUGGAUUAGUGUAUAAGGGAAAGCUUCGCAGUGGCAGUUUUGCAGCGGUAAAAAUUUUGAGCAAGUCAAAAGCCAAUGGACAAGAUUUUAUCAAUGAAGUUGCCACCAUUGGAAGAAUUUACCAUGUCAAUGUCGUGCGACUCAUAGGCUUCACUGUCGAGGGUUCAAAGCGUGCUCUUAUAUAUGAGUUCAUGCCUAAUGGGUCUCUUGAUAAGUACAUUGUUUCUCGACAAGGUAGCAUCUCACUGAGCAAUGAAAAAAUGUACGAGAUUUCUCUUGGAGUGGCUCGUGGAAUUGAAUAUCUACAUAAAGGUUGUGAUAUGCAAAUUUUGCAUUUUGAUAUCAAGCCUCACAAUAUUCUUCUUGAUGAAAAAUUUAUUCCAAAACUUUCAGAUUUUGGACUAGCAAAAUUAUACCCGACAAAUAAUAGUAUUGUGCCCCUUACUGCAGCUAGAGGAACAAUAGGAUAUAUGGCUCCUGAACUAUUUUACAAAAAUAUUGGAGGUGUCUCUCACAAAUCUGAUGUCUAUAGUUUUGGAAUGCUAUUAAUGGAAAUGAUUGGAAGAAGGAAGAACUUGAAUCCAUUGGCGGAUCAUUCAAGUCAGAUUUACUUCCCUUCCUGGAUUUAUGACCAAGUUAGUGAAGGAAAGGAUGUUGAACUAGGAGAUCAUGCCACGGAGGAAGGAAAAGAAACAACAAAGAAGAUGAUUAUAGUGGCAUUAUGGUGCAUACAAUUGAGGCCGAAUGAUCGUCCAUCGAUGCCUAAUGUUGUGAAGAUGCUUGAAUCAGAUGUUGAAUCCUUACAAAUGCCUCCUAAGCCUUUUUUAACUCCACAUCAUAUGCCAAAAGAUGAUGAUACGGCCAAUCCAAUAAAGUUAUUUGAUCCACCCAGUGAUUGUAUUGACUCUUCAUAUCAGUUUGGUCGUUAAUGAUGAAAAUAUAGUACUUAGUGUGUUUAUUAAUUUUGAUAAGGGAUUAACUAUGUGCACUAUGUAAGUGUUUAAACUUUAUUGAUCGUAUCGAUUAAUUAAAGGGUUUUUGAACAAUAUCUCUCAAUGUCUCAAGUGUUGAAUUCCA